UUUCCAUUUAGUGGUUUGCCCUAAUUCUACUAGCACUUUUCAAAUGGUCCAUUGUCCUAUAAACUAGCAUUCUCCGUAACAACAUUAGAAACAACAAACAAAAUGACAACAGAAAUCAAACUAAACACCACCGCACACAAUCUCUACGAAGUAACCUUCUUCACCAACAAAAUUCAAACCAUAGUAACCCACAACCCUUCAACAGUAGACCAAUGGCUAACCGAAACCCACCAACAAAUCUCGCAAACCAGAACCACAGUCGGCCUAGAUGUCGAAUGGAAACCAAAUUUCAGACCCAAAAUACAAAACCCAGUUGCCACUUUACAACUCUGCAUCUACAAUAGAUGCCUAAUCUACCAGAUAAAACACUCCCCAAAAAUCCCCCAGUCUCUGAAAGAAUUUCUGCGAAGUAAGAGAUUCGUGUUUGUUGGAGUCGGGAUUAAAGGCGACGUUGAGAAGCUGAUGAAAGAUUAUAAAUUGGAAGUGGAGAAGAUUGUGGAUUUGAGGGAGUUGGGUGCUAAGAGAUUGGAGAUGGGAGAGUUGAAGAACGGUGGGAUUAAGACAUUGGCAAGGGAAGUUCUGAGGAAGGUGAUUGAGAAGCCUAAAAAGGUUGAAGUGAGAUGAUAAAAUGUGAUAGAGUGGGUGUACAGUGAGGAAAUUAAAGGGUUCCACUUAAAUUUGAAAAUAAAAAACAUCGACAGUGGAAAAAAAUAAAAAAAAUUAGGGUUUCAUUGAGGCGAGGUAGAGGCGUUGCGCAACUCAUGGGAGUCGCCCGCCUUUCAACGGUUGGGGCCUCCAUGGCCAUCGCGUGAGGGGCUCUCGCCUAAGGCGCGCCUCUAAACUAUGCUUAGUACAAUGCAGAAGCGGUCCGCGACAAAAAGAAUAUGACAUUUAAUUGUUUUGGUUGAUUUAGUUAACUAAUGAUCGGAAUAGCCUCCCAUAGAGUUAGCAUUUUUUAAAUGCGGUUCUUAUACAGAAAAUGAACAUUUGCAAUAGAAUCAAGAUUUCUCCAAGCAGUAAUUGGGAUAACUGCACCAUCUGCAACCAUUCUUUGUAAAA